UGUUUUUUGAUGAUCAUUGAGUCCCUUCUUUUCCUUGGCCUCACUAUAAAUAUUCCGUUGUUUUUCCCGAUACUACUUUGGUUUUUGUUUCUUGAUCAACCAAAAAACAUUCAAUUGAACAUUUGCCUUGUCAGUUGUCGAUAUUCUUAUUGUUUAUCAACGUUUAAUCUCUUCUCUAUAUUCCAUUGAUAAAUCGUUUCUCCUGUGCUAAUUAAAGAUGCCCUUUUCUCAUCCCUUUGAUCAAUUCACUGACUCAGAAAUGAGAUUAACCUCAAAAUUGUUGAAGGACCACUAUUCCUCCAAUUUGCAUUUUGUUCAAAUUGAUUUAGUGGAGCCUCCAAAAAGUGAUGUGUUAAAAUACUUGAAAGCUAAAGCCGCCAAUGAAUCAAUUUUGCCCUCUGUUCCAAGAGUGUCUUUUGCUUAUUUUUAUAAAGAUGGUCUAUUAUACAAAGCAUUAAUCAACUUAGUUGAAGCUCAUAUCAUCACAUCUGUUGCAUUGCCUGAGGGUGUCGUUGGUCCUGCUUUACCCGAGGAUAUGAUGGAAAUCGAAGAAAUCUGUUUAGCUCAUGAAACUGUUAAAAAGGAAGUUGAGAAAUUGCAAUUACCUCCAGGUUACGAGAUUCGCGCUGAUCCUUGGAUCUAUGGUACUGAUGAUCCCAAUGAAAAGAGACCUUUGGUUCAAUGCUACAUGUACUUGAAGUCUCAACCUCAUCCUGAAUCAAACCACUAUUCUCUACCUUUAUUUUUUUCUCCUGUUUUUGAAUUAUUAACCCAAAAGUUUGUUAGAAUGGACUAUUUGCCUUCUGGCUAUGAUAACAAAUCUCUUAAGACUCAUCCAUGGAAACCUGUUGAAUCUUGCGAAUAUUACCCAGGUCUUAAAAAGGAAAAAGUUGAGAGACCUUUGGCUCCUUUAAUCAUUACUCAACCUGAAGGUCCCGGCUUUAAAAUUGAAGGUUCCAAGAUUUACUGGCAAGACUGGGAAUUUCAUGUCACUCCAAAUGUCAGAGAAGGUUUUGCAAUACAUGAUGUCAAAUUCAAAAACAGAUCCUUAUUCUACAGAAUCAGUCUUUCAGAAAUGGUUGUUCCUUACAGUAAAAUUGGUGAUGGUCCAUGUCACAGAAAACAAGCCUUUGACUUAGGUGAUUGCGGUUUUGGUACUAAUGCCAACCAUUUGCAUUUGGGCUGCGACUGUUUGGGUGUCAUCAAAUACUUCGAUUGCAUCAGAACCAAUAAAGAAGGUGAACCUAUUUUGCUACCAAACACCGUUUGUCUUCAUGAACAAGAUGCUGGCUUACUAUACAAACAUGUCAACUAUAGAACAAAUGCUCCUGUUGCUGCCAGAAGAAGAGAAUUUGUGGUUCAAUCAAUUGCAACUGUCGCUAAUUAUGAAUAUAUUGUCAACUACAUUUUUGAUCAAGCUGGUUCAAUUAACGUUCAAGUUAGAGCAACCGGUAUCUUGUCAACCACCCCAAUUGAAGAAAAUAUCACUGUUCCUUAUGGCACAAUUGUUGCUCCAAACUGUUUAGCUCCUUUCCACCAACACUUGCUAAGUUUCAGAUUUGAUCCAAGGUUAGAUGGUGACAAGAAUACUGUUGUAUAUGAUGAUGUUGUUCCACUAGAUCCAAACGAUGAAGUCAACAACAAAUACAAAGUUGCUUUUGUUACAAAGACUAAUUACGUCGAAAAAGCUGGCCAUAUCGAUACCAAUCCCUACGCUAGCAGAUCUGUUAAAAUCAUCAACGAAAAUGUCAUUAAUCCAAUUACAAAAAAACCUGUUGGAUACAAAAUUGAUAUGCCAGCAAAACAAAUGAUUUUAGCUGAUAAAGAAUCUUACAAUGUCAAAAGAGCUAAAUUUGCAACAAAACAAUUCUGGGUCACCAAAUACAGAGAUGGUGAAUUAUAUGCUGCUGGUGAAUUCACCAAUCAAUCUCAAACUGAUACUGGUAUCGCCAAAUGGGCUAAUGGCAAAGAUGAUGUUAGAAAUGAAGAUUGCGUCAUUUGGUGUACUUUAGCUUUGACUCAUAUCCCAAGACCAGAAGAUUUCCCAGUCAUGCCAGUUGACAUGUUGCAAUUCACUAUUUUGCCUGUUGGAUUCUUUGAAAGAAAUCCUGCUCUUGAUGUUCCCCAAUCAAACAACUCCUUCAACAAAUCUGUUUUAGUUGAAGAUACUGGCUCAAAUCUUAAAUCUUGCUGCAAGACCUCUUUAUGAUUUUCAUAACUUUACAUUUUUUAAAUUGUUUUUCUGAAUUCUGAUUAAGUUUUUUUUGUUUAUAUUCCCUUGUACUAAAUACCAAUAUUCG